AUGGACCAGGAGAAUUGCACAAGAGUGUCAGAGUUCAUUCUCCUGGGAUUAUCAGACAUCCCAGAGCUGAGAGUCUUCCUUUUCAUGUUGUUUCUUCUAAUCUAUGGAGUCACAGUGUUGGGAAAUCUGGGUAUGAUUACAGUGAUUCAGGUCAGCUCUCAGCUACACACUCCCAUGUACUUUUUCCUCAGUCACUUGUCCUUUGUGGAUUUCUGCUACUCCACCACUAUUGUGCCCAAGAUGCUGGACAACAUCUUAAACGAGAACAAAGCCAUUUCUUUCCUGGAAUGCAUGGUGCAAUUCUAUUUGUUUUGUUUUUAUGCAAUCACUGAGGUCUUCCUGCUGGCCGUGAUGGCCUAUGACCGCUUUGUGGCCAUCUGCAACCCUCUUCUAUAUAUGGUCAUCAUGUCCCAAAAACUCUGUGUAGGGCUGGUGUCUGGCUGCUACCUAUGUGGAACUGUGUGUUCUCUGAUUCACAUAUGUUUACUUUUUGAAAUCCCAUCCUAUCAUUCAAAUGUGAUUAACCACUUCCUAUGUGAUCUGCAUCCUAUCUUAUCUCUUGCGUGUUCUGAUGUCUCUUUGAAUGAACUGCUAGUGUACAUUGUGGCCACAUUCAAUGAGAUCAGCACCAUUGUGGCUAUCCUCACCUCAUACUUGUUUAUUCUCAUCACCAUCCUGAGGAUGCGCUCUGCAGAGGGAAGGCAAAAAGCCUUUUCCACCUGUGCCUCCCACUUCACAGCCAUUAUUGUCUUCCAUGGAACAAUUCUUUUCAAUUACUGUCGGCCCAACUCUGGCAACAGUCCAGACACAGACAAGGUAGCCGCAGUGUUCUACACUGUGGUGAUUCCCAUGCUGAACCCCCUGAUUUACAGCUUGAGAAACAAGGACGUGAAAGCUGCUCUCAGGAAAAUGAUGGGCCUCAAAAUAUUUGUUUAG